UAAAAAAAACACAAAAAAAUCUUAACUUCUAUUUUUAGUCGAUUAUAUCUAGUUUCUUUUCGACUACACUAUAUUUCGUUGGGCGGCGAGGUUGUUUCUUUGUCGUUUCUCGAGAAGAAGUUAGACGGCUCAUCUCCAUGGCAACCAUAACUCUUGUUAGCACUGUGCUUUUGUAAACUAGCGCGGCGUGGCUACCUUGUCGCCAUUUUCCUGUACAAUUCGCUCAUUUCGGUUCGUUCAAAUAUCUACAGCGGUUAUCCAAGUUGGAUAAGCAGUCAUAAUGUAGAGGGAAGUUCGUGUGAAGCGUGAAUACAUUGCUGACGAACGAAACAAAACAGCUAGUCUGGUGCUAAUUUUUGCUAGCUUGUGUGCGGUCAUGUCGGACUGGUGCAACACCGACACAGGAGAGGCGGUCUACAGGUCUCUGGAUGCUGUCAAAAACCUGCAGAUUAAGGUGCACUUGGAGAGGGUGACCACCACUGCGGCUCUCUCUCUGCGCCUCCAGCAGGAAGUUCUGACCCAGCAGGAUGGAGGAGCCAUUGAACUGAAACCCCUCACCUCUCAGGCCCAGACUGGUGAUAACGAGGAGGAAAUAGUUGUUGGCUGGCAGGAGAAACUUUUCAGUCAGUAUGAAAUGGAGUUGUUCCAAAACGAAGCAGCCUGUCAGACCCCUCUGGACCGCCAGUACCACAAGGAGGUCACGGCCCUGAACAGGGCUAAGGGUCGGCAAAACAACCGGAUCUUCACGUACACGGAUUACGAUCGCUACACCAACUGCCACCAGCUCCAGCAGCAGAGCACUACUGAUUUACUGACCACGACCAAGUCCAGACCCACCUUCCUGGCUGAGAGGAUGGCCAGCAUGCGACACAGAAGACAGGACAGGCGAACCAUGGACCUCAGUUUCCCCAAGUCCAAGAUUAUCAACUGGGAGCCCAGCGAGGAGUUUAAGAGGAGCAGCCACGAGGUGAACAGCGUCAUGCAGACCAUGCACAUCAUGGGAGACUUGGGAGCACCUGGAAGACUGGGCCAAAAAGAGAACGAAUGUCUGCUGUUCACCGUAAAAACCGACGGCACCGGAACGAUCGUGGUGAAACCCGACUUCAACAAGGGCAAAGAGCCCUACAGGGUGGUGACUGAAGGCACCAAUAAAGAAGUUUGGCGUCUCACCGUGGAGAAUGUCUCAGCGACCAUGAAAAGCGAGGACAAGGAGAGAGAGAAGCACCUGUUCAAAGAUCUGUUGGUCAAGCACAAGGACUUCUCAAAUAGCCUCGUCGGACAGGACUUUGAAAUGCCUCCUGCAGGUAUCCUGCGGUACUUGAUGAACGGGGAGAUAGUGUCUGCCAAGGGCUUUGAAUACGACAACAUUUACGUCCACUACAUCAUGGAGCUGCCAAACAACUGGUCCAGCUUGCCAAUGCAGCCCCACUCAGGCGUCACCCACACCUCACGCACCAAAACAUCAGGGAAGGACAACGUGGCUUACUUCUGUUACCCCUUCACCUUCGAGGCGUUCUACAUGAGCGAGAAAGAGAGCGGGGAAUCACUCCCCCACUGGCCACUGUUGUACUUCAAGGUUCUGUCUCUGGAUGCCUGGCAGCGCUGUCGAACCGAAGGCUACGGAUACCUGCUCUUCCCUGACACGCCUGGUCGACACACGCUCACGUGUCACACGUGGCGACCCCUCCAGACGGGCACAGUCUCGGCAAUGCGACGCUUCUUCAUCGGAGGUUCCCCGGAGCUGGAAGACCCGAGCUACGUGAGGAUGCCAGGACAUUUCAAGGGGGAGCGGCUAAGUCGCUUUGGCUUUUGUACUGAAAGCUCUGGAAGUGUGACCUUUAAUCUUCACUGCAUCCAGCAAUCCAAGGCCUUUGUGGACUCCAGCACGUUGAGAAGAAGGAAGCACUAUGUCGCCGACCACACCCACGGAUUUAGUCAUCACGAUACUCUCAUGAGCACCAUGGAGGCGUUUCAACGGGCCAGAAGAAAAAUGCAAGAUGUCCGAGAAAGUCUUCCCAGAGACUUCAUCGCCUCCGCCUCCCAACUCCAAAUUUGAUGUCCUGCUCAGGAGCAAAAAUCAGUGUAACAAAAUCUUCUUUGCCGUGACGGGCCAAUGUAUGAUUGUUUGUGAUACAAACACAUAGGAGAAAGUCAUUUGUAGUAAUAUUUGCUGCACUGUAACAUUUUCACUCAUGACAUUUUGUAAUAUAAAGUCCAUAAAUCAUGUAAGUAGCGACUUGAUUAUGUUAAAAGUAAGCUAGUUAUUUUAUUGCAGGGGAUGUCCAAACUUUUUCACAUUGAAAAAUGAAAGCAUCCCAUUUGUAUAUAUUACAUUUUCAAAACCAAUGCAAUAUAUAGAUUGUAUUAACCUUUAGGGAUCCUCUCAAGAUUGGUCGGAAAAGUCUCAGUCAUAAAAAUAUUAAAAAUAAGUCAUAUAUUAUUUAUUUAUUUAUUUAAAUUAUUCAAUGUUCAAAUUUCUAGAUCAAUUUCAGGUCUAUCUGUCGAUAUAAAGCAUACUUGCCAACCCUCCCGGAUUUUCCGGGAGACUCCCGAAAUUCAGCGCCUCUCCCGAAAACCUCCCGGGACAAAUUUCUCCCGAAAAACUCCCGAAAUUCAGGCGGAGCUGGAGGCCACGCCCCCUCCAGCUCCAUGCGGACCUGAGUGACGUGUUGACAACACACAACAGCGUCUGCCGUAAACAGCAAUGUUGUGACACUUUUAAACAGGACAAUACUGCCAUCUACUGUACAUGCAUAUGUGACCCACCCAUAAUGUGUCACAUUUUUGUGUUGAUUUAUUUAUUUUAUUUUGUGGUUUGAAUUCGUUUUUGGAGCUGUCAUUCCACAUUUAUCAGUAUUCACAUUGGUCAGUAGGGGGCAGUAGGGCGUUUCUUCCCAAUUGAAUGCUAUCACCUGCAGACCGGAAGUGUCUUGUCAUUCUGAUGAGAGCGACCAGUCUGUGAACAAUUGAAACGUCCUGUGUGCUUUUUCCUCCUGUAUAACAAGUUAGUUUUGGUGAAUCAACUCACUGAAUAAUAUCCAUGUGAUCUUUAUAAGUUUAAGUACACAUUCUGAUGGUGGAGCCUAACUCUAAAGUGUUUGUGAGUUGUAGUUUGUAUUUGUGAAUGAAUCCAGUGCACAGCUGCAGUAAUCAAUACAAAAAGGCGACGUGAGUGCGCAAUGUAAUUAGAGCUCCCGUUUUCUUAUUGAUUUUAUAAUGUAUAUUUGUAUAAUGUGUGUGUUCUGAAAUAGUGACAGAAAAUAGAACAAGGAUGGACAAUUCAACCCUUAACUCAACAAUGAGUAGAUGAGUGUUGUGUGUGUAU